CUUUCAAGGCUUGAAAAAAUUAUGCAGCGUAAUGAUCGUCUAGUGUUCUGGCUUGGCCCCAUACCAUGUUUAUUUCUGAAAAAACAUGACGAUAUCGCUACUGUAUUAAAUCAGAGCUUGGAUCGUGACUUCCUCGGAGCAACAGACGAGUGGCUGGGUAAAGGGAUAUUAACGGCCAGACAUGAAGAAUGGACCAAAUCUAGGAAAAUGCUAACGCCAGCUUUUAGUUCAAAUAUGCUUACAAAAUAUGCGAAAGUCUUCGAAAAAUAUUCCUUUCAUCUCGUCGAGAAGUUGAAACCAGUUGCAGACACCGGUAAAGAAAUUGAUGUUUGGGAUUGGUUGAUGAAAGCAAAUCUGGAUGCCAUUACAGAAAGUUCAUUCGGUGUUUCAAUUCAAACUGGAGGAAAAAUCGGAGAAGCAUUUUGCCUUGCUAUACACGACGCCAUCAAGUUCAUAGUGAAACGUUUCCAAUAUCCUUGGCUGAUUUCACGCCAUCUUAAUAUGAUCUAUUUGCACAUGAUAGGUAAAACUAAUUCUAUCCACGAUGUCAAACAGUAUCCGACAAUGGUAUUGAAACAAAACAUAAAAAAUUUUCAAGAUUUACAACGUGAUGAUAACGCGCCUAGUAAUGACGACACCUCCCAUGCAAUAAUCGAUUUACUGGUCAGAUUUAGUUUUAAAGAACCCAGUGUCACCGAAAUACGUAUGAGAGACGAAUUAUUACAAAUAAUGGGAGCGGCAAUCGAAACGUCACCAUUGAACAUGAGUUUUCUAAUGUUAAUGCUGGCAAUGCAUCAAGACAUUCAGCAAAAAGCUUAUGAAGAGGUUUUCAAAAUCAAGACUGACGAUGGCACCUUCAAGCCUCACGAUAUCAUCAUCAAUAUGCCAUAUGUGGAACAAUGCAUCAAAGAAACAUUACGGAUGUUUACUCCAGUAUUUCAUACGAACAGACGUGUUCAUAAAGAUAUUUUAUUGAAAGAUAAUAUGAUAAUUCCAGCAAAUACUUAUGUUACAACGUUUAUACAUUUUUCGAAUUACGAUCCUGAUUUAUACAAAAAUCCUGAGAAAUUCGAUCCGGAGCAUUUUAGCGAGAAAGCUGUAGAAGCAAGACCUAAAACAAGCCAGCUAAGCUUUGGUUAUGGGCCCAGAUCAUGUUUAGGUUCAAAGUACGCGAUGCUGCUCAUCAAAACACAAGUUGCUCACAUUUUGCUCAAUUAUCGAAUAUCAACCGAUGUCGAGGAGUUCACAAAAACACAUUUGAAAAUGGAUAUCAGCAUCAGAAGUAAAAUCGGAUACCCGAUUAGAUUUACCAGCAGGCGUGACCGGUCGUCAAUUAUGAAUAGUUAAAUAGAGACAAAUAAAUCAUUUGAUUGUAUUUUUUAUAA